AUGGAAGCCUCCCGACCCCGAAGCUCUGGGUUUGCGGCCCCGCGCCGCAUCUUCACGGCUCCGGUAGCUCCCUCGCCCCCGCAACCAGCUUCGCCUGCGCAAUCCACCGGUGGACUAGUCGACACACUCUACGACCAUCCCAAUGUUAAAAUUGUGUCCUUCACGGCGGGAAACUCUCUCCUGAUCGGCCAUCGCUCACCCGCUGUACAGGAUGUCGAGCCAGGCUCGCUUCGCUGGACUUCCCAGUUGGAGCGGACCAUCGCAGUUGGCCCAUUCCGAAUAUACCGUGCUCCCGGCUCAGUAGCUUUCCUUAGCUGUGGCUCCGCCCUCCAACCGAUUCUUCCCAAGAGCCAGGUGUGGUGUGUUGACGAAGAAUCGAGCAAAUUUGUGUUGCAAAUCCGGCGGCCGCAAUACUGGCGAAUAGAGCUUCCGAUCGAAGACGAGGGGGAGAUACGUUUGACACAACAGCUUCGCGAAGUUUUCGACUCGAUCCUCCAGUUCGAAAAGACCGAAUGUCCUUUCCAGCGAUCAUUCACCGUCGAACUACCCGAACUCCCCGAUACACCAGUCAAGAAGCGACCUUGGACUCCAGCGCGGAGGUCCAGCGCAUCACUCCCUCUGACUCCUACGACCCCCGUCGAAAUUGCUCGCCUUCACGAAGGCACUCCACGAGGACCACUUUCUCUGGGAGAUCUGCGUUCAAGGUUGGAAGCGAGAAGGGCCUCCAUGAAUGAUCAUACGAGCAGACCAGGGCCUUAUGCGGAAAGGGAAGAAAACAAGGGGCUCGGCACUGAGCAUGAUGACGGCUCCUUCGAUCUGAAACCCGUGUUCGACAGACCCCGGAGUAUCUCGGCAGUUUCCCCGCAUCGUGCUUCCAACGGCAAUCCAUUACCGAAGAUCAAAGAGAUGAGGUCGGCUCGGUCGCCCGCCAAAUCGCCAGCACUCUUAUCGCCGACCGAGUCCUCCGAGUCAGUCAACAGGCGAGAGCCCUGGCUUCCAAUUCCCCUUCCUCCGUCUCCACCCUUAUCCAUCCCUGGUUCCCCGAGGCAUUCUUCCCCCAGGCUGGCAGUGCAGAACGCCCCUGAAGCUGUCGGCCCUCACCACACCGUGGGCUCUAAGCCAUCCCAAACAUGGAGUGUCACUACCACGGAUUCCCUACCCAACUCAAACUGUAGUACCACCACAGCGCCGUCCUCUGAAGCGCCCGGAACUCCCAUGAAAACCGCACCUUCUACGCCGUUGCCAGCUUCUCCUUCCGAGUCUCCCUCCUCUUCUUCCUCCUCCGGAGGUGCCCGUCCGUCGAUUCGCCGCGCAACCACUUCCUCUAGCAUAUCUUCCUCAUCGCGCGUUCUUUCUCCUCUCACCUCGGCCGCCAACCUUCUCACCGGUCCUCACCGCACCUCCCCGCCGCCCGUCUUUAACCCGACAGCAGCAACAACCACAGCCACCGCUACGACAUCAGCAGCCGUAUCAAGGCCGUCUGCAUCGCGCCCCGCGCCCAAAGCAAAACAACUACGCCCCUCCGCUUCCCAAGCCGCUCUCGCGGCUGUCCGCCGCUUGCCCAUGACCGUCCUACACAAGACCUGCGAGAUCCUCAUGUCCCCGCCCUCCCAUCUUAUCAACCUCAUGCUCAACGUUGCCGCGCGUAUCGCCGCUGGCGAGUGGCGCGGUCUUGUCUUUGGCACAGGUGAAGGUGGUGAACGGGUUAGUGUCACCUGGGAUUGGAGCGACGACGACGACCCUUAUCAGCAGCGGGCGCAUGGCCGCGGAUACGGCUUUGGUGGGCUUGGACGUGACGGACGGAUUUGGUUAAGAGGCAGGAAAAGUAUGGGUCAAUUGCGGAUGGCGGGAGCAUUUCCGGAGAGCGACGAUGACGAUACUGAUACCGACGACGAUGAUCUAUACGACAGUCCAGGGCAAGAUGGCGGAGACGCAGAAGAUGUCGAUCCGCUGGGGGAAGCAUUGGUGCAAGCACUAAGGCGAGAGUCUAAGACAACACCAAAUGUGCAACAACAACAGCCCGGAACAGCGGAAGGCGAACCGCAAAAAAGUAACGGCGCUGAAUGGGGCGUUGACUAG